CACGAGCCCAAUGGAUUGCGGUACUUUCUGUAUUUAGUGACUUUAAGCCUAUCAUCGGAAGCCGUAUAAUCGACAAUCACCUACCCUACCCCACAUUCCUUUACGUAUUUUCAUAGAUUGAAUUACCUUUAAAGGUAAAGCAAAUGUCUACUGUAGGCGUCUCUGAGAAUUUCCGCCACGUUGCGAAUAUUACGCACUUUUAUCAGGCUGGAAUGUUGAAUCACAGUUACGAAUUCAACAAAUUCAAUGCAUGUUUUUCCUUGUAAGUUGCAAGCGGGAUUUUAUAAUAACUUGUGAAUAUUAUGGCAGCUGCAGAACGUUUAAUUCCAGACAGCAGUACCUUGGUUAAAUACGAUAAUCCCGUAUUAAUAACGAAGCACGAUGAUAAAUUAGCAGAGCGCAAUUUAUCGCCAACGCGUGCAAAAUCAGCGCCGCCACCGACAGCAGAUGAACGUCGGGAGACCGAAGAGAUAUUGAAUGCUAUUUUACCGCCCAAAGAAUGGGAAGAAGAGGGACAGAAAUGGAGACAACAAGUAUCGACAACUCCUGCAACUAGGCUAGACGUAGUUAAUUUGCAAGAACAGUUAGAUAUGCGAUUACAGCAAAGACAGGCAAGAGAAACUGGUAUAUGUCCCGUCCGUAGAGAAUUAUACACGCAAUGCUUUGACGAAUUAAUUAGACAAAUAACGAUCAACUGCGCUGAAAGAGGCUUAUUACUGUUGCGCGUACGGGAUGAAAUGAAUAUGACAAUGGAAGCUUACCAAGCAUUGUAUUGUAGUAGUAUAGCGUUUGGAAUGAGAAAAGCAUUGCAAGCAGAACAAGGAAAAUCUGAUCUACAAACCGAUUUGGAUCAAUUAAAGAAUGAAAAAGUGGACGUGGAACGCCAACUGGUGGAGCUACGGCAAAAGGCCGAGCAAUCUGAACGCAGAGCAGCAGAGUUGAGAAUUGCAGAAGAAAAGAAACAUUCAGAAGAGAUCCAAUUUUUAAAGAAAACAAAUCAGCAAUUAAAGACACAAUUAGAGGGAAUAAUUGCCCCGAAGAAAUAAUCAAACAUGGAAGUUAUUUUUAUAAUUUAUUUAUUUAAAUUAAUAUUAUGUCAAUAGUGUUGUAAUAUUUUAUAAAAUGACAAGUAUAUAUAAACCACCAUAUUAAAAUAUUAAUCUC